AUGCUUGUUUCUCGUGGCCUUCUACGAGACUCGCCUGAAGUGAUCGAGGAGUCUCGACAACAUCACGAAGGGGACAAAAACAAGUUGAAUGCACCAAGGGCGUCCACAGCUCUUUCAGACGAGCGCUUGGUUUCUAGGGUGAAGGACAUCAACCGAGAGGUCGAGGCGAAGCUUCGUCGCGUCGUGCAGUGGGUGCAGGAAGUUCGGAGGGUGCACGUGCUCAGCAUCGCUGCCACGUUCAUCGUGGUGCCGUCGUCGGACAGAGGUGCCGGCACGUCCGAAGUCUGGCUGGAACACGCUCUUCACGCUCGGAUAGUGUCGAAGAAUGGCGAGGCAUCGAUAGCUCUGGGAGCAACGGAACCUGCACCUUACGCAGAUCCUGGCGGGAUGGUACCUCCGUCGACAAAACUGCCGCCCGGAACGGGAAGACCGCCGUUAAUUUUGACCUCGGAAAACUCGCAACCGGGUCCGAUUCCUCUUGUUCCGACCCAUCAAAACCAGGGCAGAGGUUCGGCGGCAAGAGAAGCGCCCUUGACCGAAGCGGCAAGCGUUCCGCCGGAGGAAACCUCGUCGGUGGCAGACACGACCGUCCCUGCUGCCUCUGGGAGCGGUUCACCGGCAUCACCAGCGCCCGUGCAGUCUGCAACGACGCUUUCUUCGCCCGGACCGCUGGAAGCAAAGGUGCAGCAGUCUACCGCGGAGUUGUUAUCCGCGGCUGCCGACGCUGUGCUACUGUCAGCGGAUCCACCCUCGGCGACAACGACGACGGCAGCGUCACCCUUGGAAGUUGCGUCACAGCACAGGCAUCUCGGCGACGGCGGACCGGGAGGCGUGAAGCGCUCCAUAGCCUCGACGGCCGCUCCCGGCCGGCAUCGCGACGGACGACGGUUCUUGCUGAUCGGUGCCGAAUCCGAGGAAGCGGUGGCUGUUACUGCCGCCUCCGCAUCCAGUUCUGCCCGUCCGUUGCGCGAGAGAUGUUCGGGAGACUUCUGCACAUACCGCAACUGCAAUGGCGGGGUCCGGCCCGAACCGUCCGAGCGCCCACCACCCGAGGCAAGCGCUCCAGAAUCCAGCGAAGGUAGUCGGGUUGGUGCAGAAAGCCCGGCGGCAGAGGUGAACUGGACAAGUAUCGGCGUAUCCGACGACCGGAGGAGCGGGGCUGCCCUGCUGGAGUUUACGGACAAGCAGCAGCAGCAGCAGCAGCAGCAGUUGACCUCGUCGCCUAGCGCUAGUAGAGAGGGUGACCCCAGGACCGGAAAGGAAAUGCUGUUUUCUCUGACGUUCAAGUCCGUCGGGCUAGCCCGCGCGGAAGCGAAACAGGGGCUGGACGUCUACUGGGGAGAAGCACUCCGAAGGUGCUGGCGAGAAGGAAACGGUCGAGGGGCUCGCGGCCUGGAAAAAUUAAGCCCUGCGUUGGUAUACCGAGAGGUUGCCGUUUGCCGGGCCUGCUACGACGUCUACCGUCGGCUCGACAAACUUCGGGAGAGGGGCGGUGGCCGCACGGCGGACUCUGCGGGCGAUCGGGUCUCUUCUUGUUCGUCGUCGUCGUCGUUACCUUUGCCGUCGCCCAAAGGGAGGAGAGACUCGCUGGCGGGCAUCGACGCUACGGCCUUCAAAGGCAGGCGUGCUGCAGCGGCGGAGGCCAGCGCGGCGACCCUGCGGGAAGAGGUCGGAGAGAUGCUGAAAGACGUGGACGCCAGGGCGGGAAAGCCGGGGGUUGAGGCGGGGAUUCCGUGGCGGAGGCGGCUAAGCAAGAGCAAGAGCACCGCCGGCGGACGGGUGGACCAGUCGCGCCUCGUGAACAAACUGUCUCAACCAAAGAAACAACAGCUCUAUCAUCCCCUGGAAGAAGAGCGCCACACCCUCCCGCACGACGACCACACCACGCACCGCCCGACCCUCAAGAGGCAGGUCAAGAGCCACGGCGAUAUACCGGACUCCGCCGACGAUGCCGGCGAUCGCCGCCACCACCCCCAACGGCGCACGAGUGCCCCCGUGCCCGGAGGAAGAGGCUUACCGUCGCUGCCGAGAGCACGGCGGCGCCGUCUGGAGCCGGCGGCGGCGGUGCAAGGAGCGGCGUGGCAGCGGACGAUCCUGCCGCGCGGAAGAAAGAGCGCAUGGCCGCCACUCCACGACGAAGACGGCGAAGGAACCGGUGCGAGCGGUCACCAUGCCAACCCGUUUGGUCGGUCUUUGGAAGGUAGUAGUGGCGGUGGCGGUGGCGGUGGCGGUGGCGGUGGCGGUAGGUCUAGGGAAACCAUCUGCGCGAUAGAAGCGAUGCUGGAGGAGGGGGGCGGCGACAGCUACCUCCCGGCUCGCGCUCGCGACCUGCCCGAAGCGUUGGCCGUACUCGGCCCUCCCAAGCCGGAGUCCUCCUCCGAGGACAAAGCCAAAGGUGGUACCGCACACCGCGGCGCGGGGAAGAAGAGCGGUGGAAACCUGGAGCGCAAAAACAACGGACAUGAUACAGGAGGAGAGGAAAGCGACCGGGCCACACGUAAUGCGCUCGAAGCUUCUGCUGAGAACGGCUCGACGGGGAGAAGCGGGAACGAUGCGGGGCCGAACGCCGGCGGCGAGGGACACACACGAAAAACACCGCCGGGCUGGCCAUCGGCGAAGCCGGCAAGAGCGGAAGAAAGAUUUUUGCACCCGUGGCAGCGAGCCCUCGAGGCUAGCAAGAGGGCGGUCAACGCCAGGACCGGGGGACAGCACGAAGCUGCCCUGUUGGAGGAGCAGCGGUGCCGGAGAGAGGCGAGGAGGGCGGCCGCGGAAUCGAAGGACUGUCGGAGAGCGGGGCGGAGGGUCGCCGCCCGCUUGGGCCGACAGCACGGCCACCGCCGCCGCCGCCGCCGCUCCGGCAAGAGCAGGGGCCACGGCAAGGAAGACAGGAAAAUGGCCCCAGACCGCCCGGAAAGGAGCGAGAACCGCGCGGAAUUGAACGGCCAGGGGUACGGGGUCAGCUCGAGAGAUGGAGACGUUGGUUUUCACAGCCGUUGUUGCGACGAAGAUGACGAUGACUAUCUCCGCCAGUUGCGCGAUGCCCUCGGCUGGGCACGGAAGACGCUCGAGGCUCUCGUGAAGCGGCUUAAAGAUCGGGGGAUCGCCGUAGAAGGCGCUAGGGCUGCGGCUGAAAGCGGAGGUGGAGGCCUUGGCGGGGCGGCCAAGGACUGGGAGAUCGUGCGGGUGCUGAACAAACUCCGCAGACGCGUGGCGGCGUUUGAAGACGAAGGCAUCUCCCUUGAUGUCAACAAGGCGACGGCAGCAGAGGAGGGACUCGCAGGAGCGGCAGAGGCCCGAUCAAAGUGCGAAGCUGCCUGCGAGUCAUUCGAGGCGGACUUUUGCCAUCUGAUCGACGAGCUCACCGCUAUGGCAAAGGGGCUUCCCAGCCACCCGGACCUGCAGCUGCGCUCGACCUCGGUCACACACCGGGCAUUGGAAGCUAGUGGUAACGCUCAUCCUGGCCCCGGCGGCGCCGCUGCUCCCGACGCGCCAAGAAGGACGACGUUUGGUUCGUUGAGCUUUGGCCUGUGUCCAUCGUGCUCGGUCCUUCCCGUCGCAAGACGUUGCUUGGAUUGUGACGGCGACGAUAGAGACAGGUGCUCGAGCUGCUUCGUCAGGGAGCACCGCGACGCGGAUCGGCAGAGACACCGCUUCCUGCGCAUCAGUGGCUGCGGCAGGGAGGGCGCCGGAACCGUCGCGGCCCCCCCGCGACGAGCUGCAAGCGUCGAGAAAGGAGCAGUGCAGGAGGACAGCUCCGGAGGCGGCGUGCGGUGCUCCAGGUGCGGCGACCUCGCCGCCGCCCGGCGGUGCCGCGACUGCCGCGUGGACAUGUGCGCCGCGUGCCACUUCCUCGCCCACCGUUCCCCGAGCAGGCGGUCUCACGUGACGGAGUUCGUCGGCGAGGCGGCCGUGUCCAUGCAGGAGGCCCUGCACUCUCGAAACCGGGGCACCGCAGCAGGAUCAGCUGCCGCGCGGGGAAGCCGGGACGACGGCGGGGAGGUCGCGGCCAGGGAGAGCGGGGCGUCUUGCUCUCCCUCUCCCUGCUCCUCCCCCUCCACGCCGCAAGUGUUCAGGACCGUCGGAGACAGCGGGAGUGAUCGAGUUGUCACUGUCAGUCGUGAGGCACUCGAAGGGCGGGAGGGGGAAACGCCCGUGCCCGGGGAAGGGUCGUUCGGCAAGGGCGCGGCCCAGUCGCUCGCUCUAGUGCGACGAACGAUAGACGCCCCAGCAGUUCCUCCUCCCGGGCCCUCGCAAUCGUUGGGGGGAACUGGUUCUGGGUUUUGUGGGUCAACUGGGCAUUUCGAUGGUGUUGGUGGCGAGAGCGCGCACGCAAGCCGUGAUGGUGCUCGACCGGUUGAUGAAGACCCAUUGGCCGAGGUAGAUGUUGGUGGUUCUACAUCGCUCACGGAUGGGGACGAUGGAGUACACCCCAGCUUCGAACCGCCGGGGGACAAUUUUGCAGAGGAAGAGGCCGGCAUUCCCAACGGCGACGGUUCUCCUGACGAGGUCAUACACAGGGACGGUGCAGGACACUACGGCGGCGGUAGGUGGAAGGGCUGGGAGGAGGGGCAAGGAAGAGAUGAAUGUGGGAACGGGGACGUCGAAAUACCCGAAGAAAUCACGGGAGGAGAUGGUGAACAUGGCCCUAGCGACACAACAACUCACAGCAGGGAUAUCAAGGGUGAUGGCCGCAGCAGGGAUAUCCUUCGAGCUGGAGCAGGAAGAAGAGGGGAGGGCGCAGGCAUGGUUGAAGAUAUGUUUGGAAACCUGGAGGUCAUUAAGGAAGAAGAGGGGCUGGAAGGCGAAGAAACGGACACUAGUUCAGAGGAGGAUUCCGAUGUUGACGAUGACGAUGACGAUGACGAAGGAAUGAUGUGGAGUCCCGUGAACAUCGCGAAGGUGGUCGUCCCCGACACAGCCUCAGACGGUGAAGAAGCAGAGAUAUACUCGCCCCCGUUUACGUCGCGGGCGGCAAGGACGCCCGACGAACUUCAUGGUAUCCCGGCCACCACGAUGGAGGAGGGAGAAGGCCGCAGAAGCUCACAGGCCGCCCAGACACGGGAAGCGACCACACCGAAGAUGGCCGAAACUCCGGGACCCGACGAAGUUACCGUCAACGGCGCCGUUGGGAGGAGAGAACAGGGUACAAGCUCACCGCCGCCUCCACCGCCGGCCACGCCAAAAGGCGAAGCCGUCACCGCCAACCUCGACUUCGCCCCUGGCAGUAGGAAAGGAAACGAGCGAGAAGGACAGGGUGGUGGUGGUGAUACCUAUCCUAAGCGGACGCUGCUGCUGCAAGCGGGCGCACCCAAAGACAAGGCCGCAGAGAGAGAACAGGACGGAAAGUCAACACCACGACCGCCGGGAGCGGAAAUCACGCCAACGCCAGACGGACCGGAGGGAACAGAUCACCAAGACACCGUCGAGAGCGGGCGCCCUUCCCCAUCGGAAGCGGUCUCCCGGAAUACCGACACCUCUGCUGUCGAAGCAGAUGAAAGCAGUUGCCCGUAG